GAUAAAGAAAGAAAGGCCAAAUAUAGUGAAGAAUUAACAAAGCUUUUGUUUAUUCGGGACUUUUAUGAUAUCGGCCAAUUUGGUAAGAGAGUAAAAAUACGGCCAACCUUAGUGGCUAUAAAUUUGACCAAUUCAGUUAUCCAAUUUUACCCUAGCUAAGCUAGUGCUACCCUACCAGAACCCAAAAAGUCCCUCCAUUUCAAUAUCGAAACUGAAAGUAUCAAAGUAUUACAGUUUUGAUCCCCUCGCAACUAAAUCGGUAGUAUUAGCAACUUACUAGUUGAAUCUGAACCAAUGAAAUUGCCAGUCGCUACAAGUUAGUAAAUAAAAAACUUUUAUAGACCUCCUGUGCUAUUAGCCACAGAGCUCAAAAACAGCAGUGACACCGCAACAACAGCCUUUUUAAUUGCGGGCCAUUCAAAGUUCAGUCUAACAUAAAAUAUCACAAAAUUGUGCGACUAUAAUUGUCAAAUCGAGUAAUUUGACAGAGCUGUAAACAUUAUAAAAUUGAUUAGUGACACUUCAUUGAUACAUUUCCUUAAUUUGUAAUUCUUUCAACUCGGUUGUUUCAAAUUGUCCCCGCCCGAAUAACCGAGACGGGAAAGUGAGAGCCAGUUUAUGGUCCCCCUGCCAGAAAGAGAGAAAAGAGUCAAGGCCAUUAACACAACAUCGACAGAUUUCUCAUCACGAAUAAUUCUCAAAGCGGACUGCAAAAUACUGAAGCAACCCAACCGAUACCAUUUCUGAAAUACCAGCAGCUUCGAGAUUUGACGAGUCGAUUCGGAUUAGAGCAUUUGGCCAAUCCAAACAAUCCCCCACUUUGGAAAAGGAACAAAAGAGAUCCCAGAUUGGACCGACUGGAAGUGAGGUCGUGUUCUUAAUACAAACCAGUUAUAAUUAGUAUUGAAGUCGUCGGAAGAUUCUGAUGCCCCCUGUUGUGUUACAUCCCCAAAGCUACCCUGCAGCCUCACAGCAAAUCGGAAUGAGUUGGGGGGCAUCUGCGCACUACGCAACUCACGACAACAACACGGCAACACAACAUCACCUAAACCACUUUGCCACCGCUCCUCAGCUUCCGGUCGAGUUUGACCCCUUGAAUAGGUCAAAUAACAAAUCUUCAGGGGUCAAUGACCUCAACUUGAACUCCUCAGGUCAACAAAUUACACCUGUAGAUACAAUGUUAGCGUCACCUGGCUACGUGAACACCCAAAACUUCAUGGCAAAUCAAUCGGUCGAUUCGAAGCUUUCGCCUUUCGAAGACGCCGGCCAGAGCCAAGCGCAGCAGUUGUACUGGACCCACGCGAACGCCUAUUCGAAUUACUACCACUCAAACAUGGCUGCGAUCGAUGGGUGCAAUAGGGUCGGGUUCUACGGGUCACGUGAUACUUCAAAAUUCAUGCCCAAUCCAGCAGCCGCCGCUAAUUUAAACUUAUACGAGCAGCACAUUAAUAACUACCGAAACAUGGUCACAGGGGCAAAUAACCCAAACGGGUUGGUAAUUAACUCUUCAUUUUUGCCCCUUUCCAACCACCCGCAUACUAAUAACAACAACAACAACAACAACAAUAUUGUACAGCAUCCACAUAACAAUCACACCACGUACGAUCAUACCAACCAAACGGCGUUCGAGUUCGGAACGAGUUUCAACUCCCAGAUUCAAAACAACGCCAUCAUUCAUACGAACAAUGUGAAUUUCGUGUCGCCUUCGCUGCUCGGCGCCACUACCAACACCAGCAUCAGCCAAUCAAAUCAGAGUACAUUAGUCACAGCUGUACCACCGGUGAACCAAUCACAAGCGGGCACCCCAAUUACGCCAACCAACCGGAACGCUUCCUGGUCAACAACCAAUCACAACACAGCUGCAGCGGACCAACGCAACUCGCUGGCUCCAAACGUCAAAACUUGCAUCAAAUCGGAGGCGAGCCUAAGUCAGGGAUCCGGAAGCCCCCCGCGGGAUGUUUCCGGGGGGUCUCUUGGAGUGGGAGGCUGCUUCAACUCGGCAGAGAGCUCGCCGGCCGAUUCGUCGACUGAAUCUGUCGGCAAUAUUAUGAACUCGCCAGAACACGCCGGCAGCAUUUCACCCAGCUCUCUCUACGCUCAGAUGACCUCUGACCCUUCGGGUGUUCUGCAGGGAAAUCAACAGGUCAUGUCAUCCAGCGGUCACUCACAGGGUUCCCACAAUCACCACCUGCUCAUGACACCCGGAAACACUUCAGUGCCGCCCCAGACACCCUCCAAUGGCGGGACGAACCCCUCGUCCGGGGGAGGCAUGGCAUGGAUGGCCAGAAACGUCAGUCGGAAGAAGCGAAGACCAUACACAAAGAACCAAACUCUGGAAUUGGAGAAAGAGUUUCUCUUCAACACGUACAUAACCAGAGAACGUAGACUGGAAAUAGCGAGAUCACUCAACCUGACAGAUCGCCAGGUCAAGAUCUGGUUCCAAAACCGGAGGAUGAAGAACAAAAAGCAGCACUCCGGAGGACCUGGUAUGGGACCCCCGAUUCCUGGUCAUCCGGCGAUGCACUUGAUGGUGCCUCAACAACAUCCGCCUCAUCACAUGUUGUGACUAUGAGUCGGACCAAAUUCUAAAAAAAAACUCAUUCGAGCGCAGGAGAAGUUCCGGGAAUCGAAGUUUUCCGAGAAUCACUUGCUUUAAGUCUCCAUUCCCAGUUAUGCCCGGACUUUUGCUGGGCUCAUUUCCGGUUUAAUAGCUUUAUUAGUAAUACCAAUUCGCAGUACCAAACUUUCGAAAAGCUUUAUUUUCUCUCUUCCUAUUUUUAUUAAUAGUUUCUUUCUUUUGUAAAACUACAACUUGCUUGAUGCAAAUGUUUUCUAAGUGCUGAUUGUCUUCCAUACAUAAUCCCUCUAUUCUAAUAAUAACAGUAAACACUAAUUAAAAUUGAAAAUGAGCAAAAUAUAAUUUUGAUCUAUUUCAAUAUAAGUGUCUAAAUUAUUUUGAGAUAGUUUUGUACGCAUUAUAUCGAUGAAAUAUGCUUGUUUGUCUGUUGAAUAUCUCUUCAAAAUUACUGUUAUUUGAGUUCCAUGCAUAGUGGGGAUGAAAAAAAAUUGAAAAUUGACUUUCAAAUGGUGCAGUUGCUUAAAUAUUGUUCUAUGUAAAAGCUAAG